AUGAGGGAUAAAGUGGCGUCAAUAGCGACUCCAAUAAGACUGGUGUUAUUAGGUCCUCCAGGAUCAGGGAAGGGCACUCAAACGAAAAAGUUAAUGAAUUUGAUACCACAAUUUGAUCAUAUAUCAUCGGGUGAACUUUUACGUCAACAAAUCAAUGCCAACACUAAACUUGGUCAAAUAGCAUCCAAAUACAUUCACGAAGGAAAAUUAAUCCCGGAUGAUUUGAUUACGAAACUGUUAACGAAUCGUUUAUUCAACCCACUCAGUCCGAACUCUAAUAACAGUAAUUCUAAAUGGAUUCUCGAUGGUUUUCCAAGGACAAUUAUACAAGCUGAACACUUGGAUCGGACGUUGCUUCAAAAUCAAACCAUGUUGGACCUUGUCGUUGAACUAAAUGUCCCUGAUAGUAUUAUUCUUGGACGUAUCGAAGAAAGAUACAUCCAUCCAUCAAGUGGAAGAGUUUAUAACUUGAAAUAUAAUCCCCCAAAAGUUCCAGGCAGGGAUGAUGUUACAGGGGAGCGUCUAGUGAAAAGGGUAGAUGAUACAUUGGCUGCAUUCAAAGAAAGAAUCAAAACCUAUCAUGAAACGGCAGACCCACUAAAAGAAUAUUAUGACAAACAAGGCGUUCUGAGUACUUUAUCAGGAGAAACCUCCGAUAUUAUAUUCCCAAAGCUUGUUAGCUUAUUGAAUUCCAAAUUCGGGCUGAAAUUAGAAACAAGUUCGUAA